AUUGCAUCGCCAACAAAAAUGAAACCGCUAUUUCGUGAGCUCACAAAAUUGAUGCAAACGCCCAAAAACAAAUCCACACCACUACCAGGUACCACUACUACCACCACCCCGAAAACGUUAUCAAAAUGAUCUUCUCUUCUGGGUUGAACGCUACCAAACUCAAGUCGCAGCUCAAGAUGACCGCGGGACGCCUUGAGAUUGACGCGGCGAAGAAGACCGCCUUGAUGAAGCAGAACAUGAGAGUAGUUGCGGAACUUCUCGCUGAAUCGCCUCCAAAAGAGGACAAAGCUCGUCUACGAACAGAAGCGCUGAUCCGCGAUGACAGUACGCUUGUUGCCUACGACAUUCUUCGCCUCGAAUGCCUUUUACUUAUGGAGCGUGUCUCGAUUAUGAAUCAUUGCCAUGAAUGCCCGGCUGAUCUUGUGCCGGCUGUCUCGGAUCUCAUUUUCGCUGCACCUCGCUUGGCCAUCCCAGAAAUGACGCUGGUCCGAAAGCAAUUCAGAGCGAAGUAUGGCAAACAAUUCAAGCUGAGGGCCAUGCGCAAUGAGGGCGGAAUGCUCAACGAAAAGGUUGUUAAGAACCUUUCCAAUCACCCUCCUACAAAGGAGACAGUCAACCUAUACAUGCAAAAGAUCUGUAAACAGUACGAGGUGGACUGGGUUCCACCGGUGGAGCUUACUGAUUUGACCGAACGGGACGUCGUGGCAACCGCUGUUCCUGGCAUCCCUGUGACAACGGGGGUAAGAGAGACCGAUGCUGAUAUCUGCAGAAAGGUACAACAACUUCAGACUUUGGAUAUUAUGCCGCCCCCCUUCGCCCCGGGGUACAAGAAAGAUUCAGCUUCCGUAACUUCCAAGUCUUCCGGUGACGACGACGACGACGCGCCUCCCGCCGAUACCCCUGUGGUGGUGGCAAUGCCUUGUAUCACGCGAUAACGGCUCGGCACUGACGAACGAACGAAAACAAAUGUAGUUUUGUACGGAUAUAUCUCCCCGUAAUUGUAUUAGAAGAUUGAUCAUUCAUGC